GGGGCCCGAGGCCGGUCGCCUGGGUGGGAGGCCCCCGAACGCCCCCGCCCGGCCCCGAGACCCCCGCCUCCGGUAACGGUCAAAAAUGUGAAAAUCCUUUAAUCAUUUCCUAUCCAAUAUCCUUGUUUUUACAGAAGGGGACACUGAGGCCCAAGGAAAUUGAUUACUGACCCCAAAGUCACAAAGCUGAGCUCGACCCAGACCCUGAGAAACCACCCCCCCACCCCCGUCCACUACCUAGAAGACUUCCCCGUCCUUGUCUUCCCAUUCUGUCCUGGCUUCCCAGUAAGCACACAGCCCCAGGACCCCCCAGAACACCCUCAACCAAGCUAUGUAUGCCAGGGGCCCCCCGGGCCUGCCAUCCCCAGCGCUGCCUCUGGCCUCCUCAGUCCUGAUGCUGCUGCUGAGCAGCCUCCUGUGGCUGGUGGGGGCCGGCCCCCACCUUACCCUGGCCCCGGAGCUGCUGCGGGACCCCUGGCAGGUGCACCGGCUGCUGACCCAUGCCCUGGGCCACGCGUCCCUGCCCAGCCUGCUCCUGAGCCUGCUGCUCCUGCCCACGCUGGGCUGGCAGCAGGAGUGCCACCUGGGUACACUGCGGUUCCUGCACGCCUCCACCCUGCUCGCCCUGGCCACCGGGCUGCUGGCUGUGCUGCUGGUAGGCCUCGGAGUGUCCGGUGCGGCCGGCGGGUGCGGAUACAUGCCCGUCCACCUGGCCAUGCUGGCUGGGCAGGGCCCCCGCCCCAGGCGGCCCCGUGGGGCACUGCCACCGUGGCUGAUGCCGUGGCUGCUGCUUGCCCUGACCCCGCUGCUCAGCUCUGAGCCGCCCUUCCUUCAGCUCCUCUGUGGCCUUCUUGCUGGCCUGGCCUAUGCUACCGGAGCCUUCCGGUGGCUGGAGCUCUCCGAGCGGCAGCUCCAGGUGCUACAGGAGGGCGCCCUGUGCAGGACCCUGGCGGGGUGCUGGCCAGUGAGGUUCCUUCCCCCCCCGGGCAGCCUGGCUGAGCUGCCGGUCACCCAUCCUGCCGGAGCAAGGCCUCCCAUCCCUGAACCUCCUUACGUGGCCUCAUCGGGCCUCUGGUCCCACAGCGAAGGCUCCGCCCCAUUCCCAUCCGGCCUGCAGCCUGUGCAGCCAACCUGGGAGGGCUCCCCAGAGGCAGGUCUGGACUGGGCCGGCUCCAGCCUCCCUCCAGGGACCCCAAUGUGGAUGGCCCUAGACGAGCAGAUGCUGCAGGAAGGGAUCCAGGCCUCGCUACUUGACGGGCCCCAGAGCCCACUCUGGCUGCCCAAGUCCUCCGUCUCCUCUCUGCGGCUGCAGCAGCUGGAGCGCAUGGGCUUCCCCACGGAGCAGGCCGUGGUGGCACUGGCAGCCACUGGCCGUGUGGAGGGUGCUGUGUCACUGCUGGUCGGAGGGCAGGUGGGCUCUGAGGCCCUGGUGACUGAGGGGAGGGGCAGGCCUGCCCACCCUGAGGGCCCUGGGUCCCCCUAGCCCAGGCAGAGGGUUGGGGUGACGAGGCCUGGCCUGGGUAGCCCCAAGCCCCUGCUAUCUCCUGAGGCCACAGUGUGGUACGGGGCACCGAGGCGGGGCACGCUGUCCUGGCACUUGCUCAGAAUAAAAACCAGUUUGUUUUCA